CGCUUAGAGAAAGCUCGUGCAGGAGGCGACCUGGGAGCUAAGUUUUUUGACUGACUGAGGAUUAGCUGGGGAAAAAAGGAACAAGAUAGUGCAUUCCAACCAUUGGGAUAGUCACAUGUGUAAAAAAAAAAUUGUUCAGGAAAAUGAUCUGGCAAGAUCAAAGCUCCAGGAGAAUGGACAGUGAGGUACAGAGAGACGGAAGGAUCUUGGAUUUGAUUGACGAUGCUUGGCGAGAAGACAAGCUGCCUUAUGAGGAUGUUGCAAUACCACUGAAUGAGCUUCCUGAACCUGAACAGGACAAUGGCGGUACCACAGAAUCUGUUAAAGAACAAGAAAUGAAGUGGAGUGACUUGGCCUUACAGUACCUCCAUGAGAACGUUCCCCCCAUUGGAAACUGAUUCCUGGCUCCUUGUUCAUCCACAGAUUUUUUUUAAAUACACAGAUACAAAAUGUUUCCUUUCAGCCUCCUAAUUUGAAUCUUCUAGUGUUAGAUCAACGCUCAAAAAUGUACAACUAAUUUUGUGGCCACAAAAUGCAAUGUGAAAAUACUCAACCCGAACGAGAAGCUGAUUGAGAUUUCUUGGGAUUGCAGAAUAUCUGGCCCUUUGAACCUAAAGUUCUUCACUGACUAGCUAGUAUUUGAGCAUGAUUCAUUAAACAUUUGCCUUUAACUCUGAUUUUGCUUUACUGUCAGAGUUUAACGCUUCCCAACUACUUAUAUAUGUCCUGUGACACAGGUGAUUGAAGAUACGAGAGGGAAAGGCGAAGAACAAUGAAGCCAGACAUGAGAAUUAAUUUCUCAUAUACCCCCAUUCUGAGAAUCAUCUGAGUGGGUGUGUGUGGAGUCUGUAGAUGUACUGGACCUAUAGAUGGCCCAUUCACUGACUACUGGGAUUCCUAAGAUUCCCCAUGAUAUUUUCAAACUUUGGAUAAAUUUACAAAUGAAAAGCUAUCUUGACAGUUAACCCCUGCUCUCCCUACAGCUUCCUUUGGUGCCGCUGGGAAGGCGAGAUAGACCACUAGUUUUAUCCAGUAACAGGAUUUCUUAUUUUCUCAAAGCCCUUUCAGAUAUAACUGAAGCACCAUGGAGUCAAUAUUUAGUUACAGGUUUGUGAAGGAACUUGUAUUUUGGAAAACGCAUUGAUGGACAUUAUCUCCUAGAAUUCUUUGCCUCUUUUAUGUAGUAUCUCUUUUGUUCUCUCCCCAGAUUGUAAACUCUGUGGGAAGAGGCCCUGGCUUUUACAUCUGUAUCCCUCAGUGAAAAACUGGAAACACUGAAUAAUUGAAAUCUCUCUUCU